AUGAAUUCAGCCAAAACCCUGAGAAAUAUUGGAAGUGACUCUUUUCCUGGUUUAGGCUGUGAAACACUGACUGACACUCAGAAGACCACCGACCCAGUGAGGGUGGGGCCACCACUUCCUGUCGCCAUUUUUGAUUCUACUACUCUUGGCAAAUCCACCUAUUUCUAUAGCUCUUCACCCUUGGAAGUGUGUCUUCACAAGCGGGACUUCAUUCCUGGCAAGUGGAUCAUCGACAAUAUCAUUGACUCCAUUGAAAAGAGCCACAAAACCAUCUUUGUGCUUUCUGAGAACUUUGUGAGGGGUGAGUGGUGCAAGUACGAGCUGGACUUCUCCCAUUUUCGUCUCUUUGAUGAGAACGACGAUGCCGCCAUUCUCAUCCUGCUGGAGCCCAUUGAGAAAAAGGCCAUCCCCAGCAGGAAGGGUUUCAGUUGAAGAACAAUUCUAGUUUUUAAAAGAAAAAUAUCUAUAAAAUGAAAUAGUCUCAGGUUUCAAAACUCAGCUCUAUGUUGAUUCAGAGUUUUACUAUUAUCAUUUUGCAUAGGCACUAUUAAAUAGUAUUCUUCAAAAGUUACAGAUGUUAUUGAAAUCUCUUCAAAGUAGAAAAUUUUUGAAGAAUGAGCAUUUGUGUACAACGAUCUGUGUAUUAGUGCAAGGAUUACAGAUUUUCAUUAAGUGAUUUUUGACAGAUAUAUUUAUUAUUUUCUCUCUUACAAAAUAUUUUAUGUGAACAAGACAGACUGUGUUUUUUUAUAACUUCAUUUUAGAAUUUCAGUCAGAUUCUCAAAAAUAUAGAUACCAUGAGAGUUACUUUUUACCGAAUUAUCUUUUCAUAUGGUGUUCAUUUUCUAACUU